AAGUUCACAGUUCCUUUAAGUUAAAGACUAACGUGAUAACAAAAACAAAUUUAGGAUUUGCUUGAUAAACUAAAAUUACUUCAUUACGAGGAAGAGUUUGUAGCAGAGCUAAGAAUGCGACCUCUGAACCGUCAUUACUUUGUCCUGCAGACUAAUCCUGGAGAACAAUUCUUUCUUUUUACUUCACUUUCAGCCUGGCUCAUUAGAAAAGCUGGGAAAAGUUUCGAUCCUCCACAGGAGUUUGAUGAUCCUAAUUCAACGAUUUCUAAGAUCUUGGAAAAUGUGAGGAAAAUCGGAGUAACAAUAGAUUUUGCUCCCAGCAAGCUGAAACAAGGAUACGGUGAACAGGCAAUUUUUGUGUUGGAUCGUCUCAGUGAUGAGGCCCUAAGAUUUGUCGGAUUUAGUUGGAACACCCCGAUCCCACCAGUUGAAGAGGGACAAGAAGAGGAGGAGAUAGAUGAUGAUAUGGAGGUGAAUCUAGACCGUGUAGAAGAGGAUAUGGCGGGGGACUACUCUGAGGAAGAAGAAGGAGAUAUUCUCCAUAUAGACGACCUGUCUGCGUAUCCCCUGGAUAAACUAGUUGGAGAGCAGGGACAUGAACGCCCGGAACAAAUAAUGGAAAGUAGUACUGAUGCCGAGCAGUGGAAACUAGAGGUAGAGAGAGUAGCACCACAACUCAAGGUAACUGUUAGAGUAGACGCCAGGGAUUGGAGAUCUCACCUAGAGCAGAUGCAUGAAUACAGGCAAGGAAUACAGGACUCCCUGGUUACAACUAGAACCCACUUAGAUCGUCUUCAAUCAGAUAUAUCUAAAACUUUAGAGAAAAUAAGCAGCAGAGAAAAAUAUUUGAAUUCUCAACUGGAGGGUCCUUUAGGGGAAUAUAAACAACUCUCUCAGAUGUUAGCGCAAACAAGGGAGCAGUAUAAGCAGGUGAGUGGGGGUGUGACCGAAAGAUCCCGCCUUCUCUCCCAGCUGACAGAUGACCUGGACGCGGUUAAAUCUGAGAUGGAGGAGAGAGGAUCAUCUAUGACGGACGGAUCUCCUCUAGUCAAUAUUAGAAAAUCCUUGUCCCGUGUAAGAUCUGAAAUAGUUUUGAUGGAUGUCAGGAUUGGAGUUGUAGAGCACACACUGCUACAGGCUCGUCUGAAGGAUAAGAGUAUGAUGCAAAGAGAUCUCCAGAUUGCUGUCAAUCAAAACCGAACUUUUAACUCAUAUCUUUAAUCAAUAUUUAGCUGUCAAAAAUAUAUUCAUUUUAUUAAUAUAAAGAACUUAAUAUUAUCAUGAA